GGGUCGCCGGUGACACGUGAUCGGCGGUCGUCAGAAUCGUCACAUAAAAAGAAAAGGCGCGCACGCGAACGCCUCACCGUCAAUUAACUGAGCGCGAUUGCAGCUUUAUUACAACUUUAAAAGGGGAACAGAGCAACGUGCGUGAUUUAUAUCACGCGAGGUUUUUUAUUAUUAUUUUUUUGAAGAUGACUGACGCAUUUCCGGGACGAAAAAUCGAAAGAAUUCUUUAAAAAAUGAGACGCUACACAAUGGCCACAAUAUUAGGGACGCCGGCUGACAAAUAUAUAAACCUGCCUUGAUGAAGUGCCGGAAAAGAAUCCACCGCCAGAGGACAGCGUUGGAUCACAAAAUGGCGGCCGCCGACACCAAAACACCGUACACUAGCUUGGUGACCAGGUCAAGCUAACGCGAACAAGAUGGAACACAAUUUUAAGAGAUACUCCAGAUUCCAAAGCAGACCGAGUGCGCAGCGCCGCAAAAGGGAGACUGCGGAGAACCAUCCUGCAUCGGUCAGGAGCUAAGGCACAGCAAUGGUGCGCUAACGCUAGCGCAGCGCUAACGCUAGCGCAGCACUAACGCCAGCGCUGCAUCACCGCGGUUGGAAAACGUGUGAAAAAAGUCGCGGCUAGUAGGCCGGAAACUACGGAGACAUGAGGAGGCAUGGGAAUGUGAAUUCUUCAGCGUCUUGGCGGCUGCCGUCCAGGUCUUGCCCGUGCCUGCUCGGAGUCGCAACGUCUCAACUGUCACACCGUCAAGUCACGUGGCCAAGAGAGGGAACGAGCGGGAAGAUCGACAGAAACGCAAGCGUCUGGUGGUGGUGGUCCCCAACGAGAGCUCCUUCCCGGCGGUGCGGCGUGCCUACACCAGCGAGGAUGAGGCGUGGCGCUCGUACCUGGAGAACCCGCUGACGGCCGCCACCAAGGCCAUGAUGAGCAUCAACGGCGACGAGGACAGCGCAAACGCCCUGGGCCUCCUCUACGACUACUACAAGGUUCCGAAAGAAAAGCGACUUAUGGCCGCUCCCAAAGUUGCGGAAUUAACAGAAGAGCAGGAGAAAAGGUUGCCUAGCAACUCCAACGGCGUCCAGGCCGAGCCCUUGGACAACCGGGUCCAGGUCCUCAAGUCGGUCCCCGUCAACCUGUCGCUCAACGCGGAGCACCCCGCCGCCGGACACGAGACAGCCGCCGCGCCCUCGGCGACCCCGGUGAAGGCCGAGGCCUACGUGCCCGUCUACAUGACGUCGGCGGGCGCCGGGCUCCACUACCGCGCCGACGGCGAGGAGGUGUCCCGGGUGGUCUACGAGCAGAACCCCUACGAGAUGACCGCCGUCAGCCACGGCUCCUACGCCAAGGACGACCGGCAGAGCCCGCCGGACAGCCCCUUCGACGGGGACAGGGACACGAAGUACCACACGCCUUCGUCUCUGGCGUCGGACGACUUCUUGUUCCACCAGGACGGAACCGAGAGCUUCCAGUACACGCUGGACGCCACCCGCUCGCUCCGCCAGAAGCAGGGCGAGGGCCCCAUGACCUACCUGAACAAAGGCCAGUUCUACGCCGUCACCCUCAACGAGCUCAGCGCCAACAAGCGCCUACGGCACCCCAUCAGCAAAGUGCGGAGCGUGAUCAUGGUCGUGUUCAGCGAGGACAAAAACCGGGACGAGCAGCUGAAAUACUGGAAGUACUGGCACUCCCGGCAGCACACGGCCAAGCAGAGAGUCCUGGACAUCGCCGACUACAAGGAGAGCUUCAACACCAUCGGCAACAUCGAAGAAAUCGCCUACAACGCCAUCUCCUUCACGUGGGACGUCAACGAAGAGGCCAAAAUCUUCAUCACGGUCAACUGCCUGAGUACGGACUUCUCGUCGCAGAAGGGCGUGAAGGGUCUGCCGCUGAUGAUCCAGAUGGACACGUACAGCUACAACAACCGCAGCAACAAGCCCCUGCACAGGGCCUACUCGCAGAUCAAGGUCUUCUGCGACAAGGGAGCCGAACGUAAAAUAAGAGACGAAGAGAGAAAGCUGUUCCGGAAGAAGUCCAAAGGCAAAGACGGCACCGCCGGCGCCGUAACGGUCCCGAAGAAGUCGGACACCACCUACUUCAAGACCAUGAGCGACCUGGAAGCGCAGCCGGUCCUCUUCAUCCCCGACGUCCACUUCGGAAACCUGCAGCGGGCCGGACAGGUGUUCACCUUCAACGCGGAGGAGAUGGAGCGAGAAGGGAGCGUGCUGGUGAAGAGGAUGUUCCGGCCGGCCGACGAAGACCUGUGCCCGUCGCCGCACAAGCACAUCAAGGAGGAGUCGCGCAAGAGAGUGCUGCUGUACGUCCGCAAAGAGACGGACGAGGUGUUCGACGCGCUCAUGCUCAAGUCGCCCACGCUCCGAGGCCUCGUGGACGCGAUAGCAGAGAAGUACGACGUGACCACCGACAAGAUCGCAAAAGUCUACAAGAAGAGCAAAAAAGGCAUCCUGGUGAACAUGGACGACAACAUCAUCGAGCAUUACUCCAACGAGGACACGUUCGUCUUGCACAUGGAGAGCUACGCCGACGCCUACAAGGUCACGUUGACUGAAAUAUGAACCAAACACACACGCAAUAAUAAUAAUAAGACUAAUGAUGGAGCCCA